UGUACAUAUAUAUAUACACGAAGAACCCAACAAUUCGUAUAACAAAACACAUUAACCGAUCAUGGCUUCCUCUGUCUUCUUCUCCAUGAACUCUGCCAAAACCCUAAAGUCAACACUUUUAUCGGUGGCGUGUCUCUUCCUCUGCUUCUCCUUGAUCAUAGCCCACAGCGGCUCCGACCACAACCACGACGAAGAACAGGCCGGAUAUGGAGGCUCCUCCUCCGCCGGAGAUAAUCUCCGGUCAAAAAGCUUGAUACUAGUGAAGAUAUAUUGCUUGAUCAUCCUCUUCUUCUCCACGUUCGUCGCCGGAAUAUCUCCCUACUUUUACCGGUGGAAUGAGCCAUUUCUCCUCCUCGGAACUCAAUUUUCCGGCGGAGUUUUUCUGGCCACCGCCUUCAUCCACUUCCUCAGCGACGCCAACGAGACUUUCCGUGGCUUAGGGCACGAUGAGUAUGCGUACGCGUUCAUGCUAGCGUCAGCAGGGUUCUGUCUGACGAUGUUGGCUGACGUCAUCGUGGCGUCGGUGACCGGAGGAGAGAGAAAGGUGGCCGUGAAGGAGGAGGAGGAAGGGGAAACUCCUCCGGCGGCGAGGUGCGGAGACAGAGAGGCGAACCCUUUGUUCCUGAGAACAUCCGGUUUCGGAGACACUGUGUUGCUUAUCCUCGCCCUGUGUUUCCACUCCGUCUUCGAAGGAAUCGCCGUUGGUGUUUCAGACACGAAACGAGACGCAUGGAGGAACCUGUGGACGAUAUCACUACACAAGGUGUUUGCGGCCGUGGCAAUGGGGAUAGCACUGCUAAAGCUAAUACCGAAACGUCCCCUGCUAUUGACGGUCGGAUACUCGUUCGCUUUCGCCAUUUCGAGCCCUAUCGGAGUAGGAAUCGGCAUCGCCAUCAACGCCACGACGCAAGGAGCCACGGCCGAUUGGGUAUACGCGAUCUCGAUGGGCAUUGCCUGCGGCGUCUUCAUCUACGUCGCCAUUAACCAUCUCAUCUCCAAGGGGUAUAAACCUCGCGAGCCUUGUUACUUUGAUACACCCUUCUUCAAGUUCCUUUCUGUCUUCCUUGGUGUCGCUUUGCUCUCCGUCGUCAUGAUAUGGGAUUGACCAUCAUUCAUCAUCAUCAUCAUCAGUUUGUGUGAUGCAUGUUGACUGAACAGAUUCAAGACAAGAACUCGAUCGAGAUACUAUAUAUUCCUAUGUAUUUGUCUCUCUUUUAUUUAUUUUUUUUUGUUCCAGUUUAUACACUCGUGGACGCUCUAAUGUUUUGUUUCGAAUGACUCCUGUAUUGAAUGAAAGUAGAUCAUAUAUAUAUGAUCACAGCUUUU